AUGAGAGCGAAUCGCAGAAAAAACUGGCUUUUUAUUGCAUCAGCUUCAAGUAGUCCGUCAACAACUCUACACAUUACCUCAUACUAUUCGUCGUUCAAUAGCCAGAUGAGGAGGAUGAAAGCACUGUUGUUGUUCAGUAUUGUGGCUGCUUUGGCUGUUGGACAGCAGAUAGAUAUUGAGUUGGAAGAAAUCUGGAAACAAUGGAAAUCGAAAUAUAACAAAGCAUAUACUUCAGAUGAUGAGGUGAAAAGACGAGCUGUUUUCCUGAAACGCGUUGCCAGAAUUCGGGAGCACAACUUGAGGCACGAUCUGGGUUUGGAAGGAUAUACAAUGGGUCUAAAUGGAUUUAGUGACAUGGAAUGGGAAGAAAUAGAGGCAGUCAUGUUUCCAAAGACCUUUGGCAACAAUCCGUCAUGGAAUGAUAAAGAGGAAUUAGAACUGUCCGACAAGCCAUUGCCGGCAAAAUGGGACUGGCGGGAUCAUGGUGUGGUCACUCCAGUGAAAAAUCAAGGAAGUUGUGGAUCCUGCUGGGCGUUCUCAGCCUGUGGAGCGAUCGAGGGUCAGCUGAAGAAGAAGCACAAGAAGCUGACAAGCCUCUCGGAGCAACAACUCGUUGACUGUAGCUAUGAUUAUGGAAAUCAGGGCUGUGAUGGUGGCUUGAUGGACCAAGCAUUCACAUAUGUAGAGAAAUAUGGUAUUGAAACAGAAAACGACUACAGAUAUAAAGCAAAAGAUACCAAGUGUCAUUAUCGCGAAUCAAAGAUAGUUGUUAAGGUGAAGAAAUUCGUUGACCUACCGUCUGGAGAUGAGAAGAAAUUGCAACAAGCCCUUCGACAACAUGGGCCAAUUUCAGUUGCCAUCGAUGCAUUGGACGACCUAUUCAUGUACGAUAUUGUGGCUGCUUUGGCUGUUGGACAGCAGAUAGAUAUUGAGUUGGAAGAAAUCUGGAAACAAUGGAAAUCGAAAUAUAACAAAGCAUAUACUUCAGAUGAUGAGGUGAAAAGACGAGCUGUUUUCCUGAAACGCGUUGCCAGAAUUCGGGAGCACAACUUGAGGCACGAUCUGGGUUUGGAAGGAUAUACAAUGGGUCUAAAUGGAUUUAGUGACAUGGAAUGGGAAGAAAUAGAGGCAGUCAUGUUUCCAAAGACCUUUGGCAACAAUCCGUCAUGGAAUGAUAAAGAGGAAUUAGAACUGUCCGACAAGCCAUUGCCGGCAAAAUGGGACUGGCGGGAUCAUGGUGUGGUCACUCCAGUGAAAAAUCAAGGAAGUUGUGGAUCCUGCUGGGCGUUCUCAGCCUGUGGAGCGAUCGAGGGUCAGCUGAAGAAGAAGCACAAGAAGCUGACAAGCCUCUCGGAGCAACAACUCGUUGACUGUAGCUAUGAUUAUGGAAAUCAGGGCUGUGAUGGUGGCUUGAUGGACCAAGCAUUCACAUAUGUAGAGAAAUAUGGUAUUGAAACAGAAAACGACUACAGAUAUAAAGCAAAAGAUACCAAGUGUCAUUAUCGCGAAUCAAAGAUAGUUGUUAAGGUGAAGAAAUUCGUUGACCUACCGUCUGGAGAUGAGAAGAAAUUGCAACAAGCCCUUCGACAACAUGGGCCAAUUUCAGUUGCCAUCGAUGCAUUGGACGACCUAUUCAUGUACGAUAUUGUGGCUGCUUUGGCUGUUGGACAGCAGAUAGAUAUUGAGUUGGAAGAAAUCUGGAAACAAUGGAAAUCGAAAUAUAACAAAGCAUAUACUUCAGAUGAUGAGGUGAAAAGACGAGCUGUUUUCCUGAAACGCGUUGCCAGAAUUCGGGAGCACAACUUGAGGCACGAUCUGGGUUUGGAAGGAUAUACAAUGGGUCUAAAUGGAUUUAGUGACAUGGAAUGGGAAGAAAUAGAGGCAGUCAUGUUUCCAAAGACCUUUGGCAACAAUCCGUCAUGGAAUGAUAAAGAGGAAUUAGAACUGUCCGACAAGCCAUUGCCGGCAAAAUGGGACUGGCGGGAUCAUGGUGUGGUCACUCCAGUGAAAAAUCAAGGAAGUUGUGGAUCCUGCUGGGCGUUCUCAGCCUGUGGAGCGAUCGAGGGUCAGCUGAAGAAGAAGCACAAGAAGCUGACAAGCCUCUCGGAGCAACAACUCGUUGACUGUAGCUAUGAUUAUGGAAAUCAGGGCUGUGAUGGUGGCUUGAUGGACCAAGCAUUCACAUAUGUAGAGAAAUAUGGUAUUGAAACAGAAAACGACUACAGAUAUAAAGCAAAAGAUACCAAGUGUCAUUAUCGCGAAUCAAAGAUAGUUGUUAAGGUGAAGAAAUUCGUUGACCUACCGUCUGGAGAUGAGAAGAAAUUGCAACAAGCCCUUCGACAACAUGGGCCAAUUUCAGUUGCCAUCGAUGCAUUGGACGACCUAUUCAUGUACGAGAGUGGGAUUUACGAGUCAUUGGAAUGCUCAGCAACGGAGCCUAACCAUGGUGUAUUACUAGUUGGCUACGGCACCGAAAAUGGUAAGGAUUACUGGCUUAUCAAGAACAGUUGGGGUAGUUCAUGGGGAUCGGAAGGUUAUUUCAAACUGAGAAGAAACAAGAGGAAUAUGUGCGGUGUUGCAACAAAUGCCAGUUACCCAGUUUUGUAA